AUGGCAUCAUACGCGCAAAGCUUUCGCGAGGCGGCCAAGGCUCGCCGGUCCAUCUACAAGCUUGAGGCGAAGUCUCCUAUCCCAGACUCAGACAUCGUCGAAAUCGUCCAGGAAGCACUGCUCUAUUGUCCAUCCACCUUCAACUCUCAAACGACCCGUGCUGCCGUCAUGCUUGGGGAAGAACAUGUCAAGCUAUGGGACAUCAUCAUUGGCAUCGUCCGGCCGAGCAUGGGGGCUGAUGUUUGGAACGGUUUUGGGAAAGCGCGGUUUGAAGGAUUCCGCGGCGCAUAUGGAACUGUAUUAUUCUUCGAAGUCAAGGGCGGUGUCGAGAAGGUCAUAAGAUCCUACGGGAAAACCGAAGCCGAUAAAGUGAAGAUCCAGACGUGGCAAGACGUGACGAAUGGCAUGCACCAAUACUACAUCUGGACGCAACUGUCCAACAAGGGAUUGGGCUGCAAUCUGCAACAUUGCAAUCCUCACAUCGAUGAUGCUGUCGCAAAGGCCUUCGACAUCCCUGCGGAGUGGGAAUUGAAGGCUCAACUCGUGUUCGGUACUCCCACAGGUCCGCCAAAGGAUAAGGAAAUGAUUCCUCCGGCGGAAAGGAUGAAGAUAUUUGGCGCUCGAAAUUAG